AUACCGCGCUUGUCUCUAGCGCUACCGGCCGAGACGAGAGCCGGCGCGACGCGAGCCAUUCGCUCACUCGCUUCACAAAUCCACGAACCUUAGCUCGCCGUCCGGCCAUGGUCGCUGCAACCGUCGCGUCGACCUCCACCGCCGCCGCGUACUCGUCCUUGGCUCCGAACCCGACAGCGCGUGACCCGGUUAGGAGGCGCACUACUCAUCCACUUGUGGCAGUCACCAAUCGCCACGUGCACUGCCGCACUGUGACCAGUCUCCGCCAGAUUCACCCUCGCGACCACUUCGCGAACCCUCCGCGGCCCCUAUUCGUGGCGUCGGCGGCGGAAGCGGAAGCGGAAGAGAUGGCCGCGGAGGCGAGUACUCCGGCGCCGGCCGAGGCCAGCGGGAAGCCCUUCGCCGUCCUCUUCGUCUGCCUCGGGAACAUUUGUAGGAGUCCUGCAGCUGAGGCCGUCUUCCGGAACCUCGUCAGCAAGCGCGGACUUGAGUCCAAGUUUCAGAUAGACUCUGCUGGGACCAUAGGUUAUCAUGAGGGAAAUAAGGCCGACUCAAGGAUGAUAUCAACUUCCAAGAAGCGGGGGAUUGAGGUGACCUCAAUAUCCAGGCCUAUCAAACCCUCAGAUUUCCGAAAUUUUGAUCUUAUCCUUGCAAUGGACAGGCAGAAUUAUGAAGACAUUUUGAGUUCAUUUGACAGAUGGCAACACAAGGAGACUCUCCCAGAUAGUGGACCCAAGAAGGUUAAGCUGAUGUGCUCCUAUUGCAAGCGGCAUACGGAGUCUGAAGUUCCAGAUCCUUACUAUGGAGGCGCUAAGGGAUUUGAAAAGAAAUUCAGGGGCCGUUUGGAAUCACUCCGCUCUGUAACUCCGCCGCGGAGCGGAGCGGCAUGCAGUUCAAUUUUAGCGAGCGGCGAAAGGGGUGCUCCGCCCGCUCCGCUCUCUGGCGGAGGAGCAGAGGAUUCCCGAACACAGCCUCAAUAUAGCUAAUCAAGUACUGGAUCUGCUGGAAGAUGCAUGCGAGUCAUUACUUGACAGCAUCAUGGCGGAGAAUGAAAACAUUUCUGCUUGAUCUCAGAAUGAAUUUCCCUGAGCCAAUGUAAGCGUCACAUUUUAAUUUGAUUGUACCAGGGAUCAGUUGCAAAGAUGUGGAUUAGCUUUCUGUGAGCCAUCAUCUCUUCAGCCCAGAUAAUUGUAAUGAUAAUUAACUAAAAAUACACUCUCUCAUCACCAUGCGUAUAUAUGUGUUAGGCUGGAUACAUUUCAUA